CCCUGCAGAGCUCUGCUAACGCCAUCACACGCAGCGGUUACGUCGAGCAGCACGGCGACAUCAGGGCCACCACAUCAGCGCACUCUUAAUUACUGACUAAUUAUUUCAUUAUUAUAAACAGCUAUGGAAUAUAGUGCUGCGGAUUGUUAGGUGCGCUUGAACACUGGGCCUCUGUUUUGGCGGCACACAAAGCAAUGUGGAGGAAAUAAAGGUCCUGAUACGCUGAAAACCAGAGAUUAUAGAUAAUGGGCUGUGUGCAAUGCAAGGAUAAGGAGGCAACCAAACUCACAGACGACCGAGACACCAGCAUUUCCCAGGGAGCAGGUUACCGCUAUGGGGCUGAUCCCACGCCACAGCACUAUCCCAACUUUGGGGUGACAGCGAUCCCCAAUUACAACAACUUCCACGCCCCUGUUGCUCAGGGGAUGACCGUCUUUGGAGGGGUCAGCACUUCGUCUCAUACAGGAACCCUAAGGACUCGUGGCGGGACAGGAGUCACCCUCUUUGUGGCACUUUAUGACUAUGAAGCGCGGACAGAAGAUGACCUCAGCUUCAGGAAAGGAGAAAGGUUCCAGAUUAUCAACAGCACUGAAGGGGACUGGUGGGAUGCUCGCUCACUCACCACCGGUGGCAGUGGCUACAUUCCCAGUAAUUACGUGGCUCCAGUGGACUCUAUCCAGGCUGAAGACUGGUACUUUGGCAAACUGGGUCGUAAAGAUGCAGAGAGGCAGCUUCUGUCAACGGGCAACCCUCGAGGCACCUAUCUCAUCCGGGAGAGUGAAACCACAAAGGGUGCCUACUCCUUAUCCAUACGGGACUGGGACGAUGUGAAAGGCGACCACGUCAAACAUUAUAAGAUCCGCAAGCUGGACAGUGGUGGCUACUACAUCACAACCAGAGCUCAGUUUGACACACUGCAGCAGCUGGUUCAGCACUACUCAGAACGAGCUGCAGGGCUCUGUUGUCGCUUGGUGGUUCCCUGCCACAAAGGGAUGCCCCGCCUCGCAGACCUCUCCGUCAAAACCAAAGACGUGUGGGAGAUCCCACGGGAGUCACUUCAACUGAUCAAGCGUCUUGGCAAUGGGCAGUUUGGGGAGGUCUGGAUGGGAACGUGGAAUGGCACCACCAAGGUGGCGGUGAAGACUCUGAAACCUGGCACCAUGUCCCCUGAGUCCUUCCUGGAGGAGGCUCAGAUCAUGAAGAAGCUCCGCCACGACAAGCUGGUGCAGCUCUACGCCGUGGUGUCGGAGGAGCCUAUUUACAUUGUCACAGAGUAUAUGGGAAAAGGAAGCCUGCUGGACUUCUUGAAGGAUGGAGAAGGACGAGGGCUGAAGCUGCCGAACCUGGUGGACAUGGCAGCACAGGUGGCAGCAGGAAUGGCCUACAUCGAGAGGAUGAACUACAUCCACAGAGACCUGCGCUCUGCUAACAUCCUGGUAGGGGACAAUCUGGUGUGCAAGAUUGCCGACUUCGGCCUGGCCAGGCUCAUCGAGGACAAUGAAUACACAGCACGGCAAGGUGCAAAGUUCCCCAUCAAGUGGACCGCCCCGGAGGCCGCGCUGUAUGGGAAGUUCACCAUUAAGUCAGACGUGUGGUCGUUCGGCAUUUUGCUGACAGAGCUGGUCACCAAGGGUCGGGUGCCUUACCCAGGCAUGAACAACCGCGAGGUGCUGGAGCAGGUGGACCGGGGCUACAGGAUGCCAUGCCCUCAGGACUGCCCCAUCUCGAUGCACGAGCUGAUGCUGCAGUGCUGGAAGAAAGACGCAGAGGAGCGGCCAACCUUCGAGUACCUGCAGGCCUUCUUGGAGGACUAUUUCACAGCCACAGAGCCUCAGUACCAGCCUGGGGACAACCUCUAAACCCCCCCCUCGCCAAACCUUUUUCCCUCUCUCUCUUUCUCUCUCUCUCUCUCCCUCUCUCUCUCUCUCUCUCUCUUUCUGUCUGUCUCUCACUCUGGGGCUCUGUCUAUGGCAGGACUGGCCCAAGCAGUGCUGUUCAAAAAAAAGAAAGAAACUCUGGAGCAAUCUCAGCCAAGCCUUUUUAUUUUAGGGAUCUGUACAGCUUCCUCAGCUCAAUCCGAGCAUUUCAAUUCCAACACCAACCCUUAAGAUCACAAGCCUCAGUCUCCGACACGCCCCCUAGUGUCUGAACUCAAAUGGGACGAUUAGGACGGAGGAUGGACGGAGACGGCUGGGGCUGUGCUAAUGCAAUGAAGUACCUGUAUUCAGUGUAAAUAAGAAAAGCUUGUUUGAGUUUGUCUGCUUUGGUUAAAGAUUUUAUUUUCUCCUGCAAAAUAAUAACAAUGGUAAAAAAAUGAUUGAUGCAGAGGAAGGCGAGCACCUGAGCAGGCACAGUUAAUCUGUACAUGUAUUAUACUGUAGCUCCUGGAUUAUUUUCUAGAGAUUAAAUUGGAAGCCUCAGUAUAUAUUUUUUCCUCACUUUCCAUAAGAAUAUUCACCCCCAUAUCCUUGUCUUUUUGUUUCCCUCAUCCAUAUAACUUCGAUUAUAUGUAGUGUUGUAGAGUCUUCUUCAGACGAGCAUGAUGCUGUCCUUCAUUAGCUUUUUUCUUUUCAUGCCUCUUCAUGCCCAAAAAUCUUCCACAUUUUUGGAAAUCACAGUCAAGCGUGCAAGGAUGUUGAACAUAUCCCUCCUCGCUUAUUGAGAGAAUUUGGUUGGAAACCUUUCUGUCUUUCGACCAAAAGUAUUUAGCUGGAUGAAAAGAACGGGGGUAAUUUAAGAAGAGUAUGUAUGUCUUUAUUUGAGCUGUCAUUGCAUGGUCUCUCCUCAUCGCCAAGGAUCUUCAUUUUGUGGGAAGUCGAUGCAGACCUUCACCUCAUCUCAUACACAUCCUUCACUGGAGCCUGUGGUGUCGCUGGCCUGCGGCUGAACCUGGACCACCUUACCUCCUGAGAUUCUCUUUCUUUUGUGUUGUACUGACACGAUUAUAUACUCAGUCUUUUGAGUCUUUUGUUUUUUACUGUGAUCCUUUAAGAGUCUGUUGUACUGUAUGUUCAGGAGAGCUCUGGGGCCAAUUCAGGUAACAACUGAAGAAGUUCAAGUUUGAAUGUGGAAUGAAUUGAAGAUUUAUUUAACCCUGACCUGAUCUGGUCUUAUUCCUGAUGGUUUCAAGACCAAUGGAAAACCCUUAUUGUUCAGUUGUACAGCUCAAUGGUUUUUAAGUGUGGCUAACUUCCCUCCUUUGUAUCUUUCAUUUUCCAUUUUUUAACAUUACUUGUUUUGUUAAUUCAAUGAUAUGGCGUUUGGAACUCAGAAAAGACCAAUAAACAUUUUACACUCUU